AUGGACUACGACGUGACGCCAACCCGUCGUUCUUCAACCCAUCAUCAUCGUCACAGUAUUCAACAACCGAAAAAGACCCCAGUUCGACGUCCGCAAAGUGUCGACGCCUCUCAAGUCUUGAUCUCAUGCUCCAGGUCAUUCCGAACUUUUAUUUUCAUCCUGGAAUACUUUUAGCAGAAAGAAAGUAGUUACUGUUUUUUACAACUUCGCCCUAACAGUCUUUGAUAGGCUUGUAUAUAGUCUGUUUUUCGCGACUUGAAACCGCUUUUUUUUUUGCGCUCUCCUCGUCUCUCGACGAGCCUCUCAACGCAAUUUUCUGCACGAAAGCGGCGCAGUGCAUGCACACGACACACUACACUUUACGGAAAAAAGUAGGCUUGGCGUCGUCGAAAAAACGCCGUGAAUUUUGAUACAUAUGAGAUACAAGAUAUGGUUAAAAAAAGUGCAAGAUCAUCUGUAUCUUAUUUUUGAACUGAAAUUUAGUUUUUAAAGUUUUCAAUUCCAAGAAAAUGCUAAGUAAUUUACAAGUCGCAGAACAUUUUCAGAGCAAUCCUCGUCCGUGCCUUAUUCAUAGUUCACUCACUGGUAACCAUACGUCAUACUGUUCGGAUCGAGGAAAGGUUAUAAAUAUUGAAAGCUCAUUGAAAAGUUUUUUAUCUAGGGACAGCGUCUGGGCCUUCGCCACCUUAUCCCUACUCAUCGUUUUCGAAGGCGGAUAUGCAAUCAUCAUGCGGGCGGGAGACGAGCGGAAAUGGUGAGUGUACCGCGACGCGUCGUCCCAUACAUGCGUCGCGGUUUGCAGGUUCUGCACGAGUGUUCUCCUGUACAUUGUGGCAACGGCGCCGCCGAUUUGGAUUCUCGAGACGAAAAUUUGCCGUUGGAGGCAUCAGACUGUCACCACGGCUGUUUCAGAUAUUUCCAUCGGUUUCAAUUUUCAACUUUAAAUUAUAAAUCAAUACGGACGGUUUCUGGAAGAAAAAAAAGGGACAUAAGAUGCGGAGCGUGCAAAACCCAUACUUUUCUGAAAAAGUCUGACUUGUCUGCGCUCUCUUUUCUCUCAGCGAUCAUUUUUUUUUCCUUUUUUUGCCUUUUUUUAAAUCUCUGAAACUGUGUGAGUUAGUAUAAGCCUGAACUAGGCCAGAAGGAGGGGUUUUUCACAAAAUAUUUGCGAAAAAAGGGGAAGACCUUUUUGAAGACGGUGCCUCCGACGAACUCCGUCUCCAACUCAUGGAACAACUUCUUCUCGUGAACCUUAUUGUCGGUCGUUGGCUUCUUCCCAAGGGCGACAUCAGCCGCGAGCAGCUCUCACAGAUCUUGCUCGCUUACCUGGUAAUAAUUUAAUUCCUUUUCACAAAUAGCCUGAGAAUAACAUCCCUAAUUUCCUGGUUCUGAACAUUUGCUCAUCAGUAGCCGUCUAUUGUUUUAUCAGAACGGGAAAAUUGAAAGCAUUAUUCUUUGAAUGUUUUUAAACGAAGUUUGAAACAGAAAAUUCGGCUAAUACGGCAUUUUUUUGGCGACGGCCGCCUAUAAUUUAUCCGUAAAGUGUAGUGUGUCGUGUGCAUACACUGCGGCGCUGUGGCACAUGCGCGUUCAACGUAAUUUUCGCGAAGUUCAAAAUCAUAUCUGAAAUUCUGAAAUUCAGUUAUAUUUUUCACUUUCUGGUGGCUAUUUUGAAUUUCACAGAAUUACAUUCAACACGGUAUGUGUUUUUAAAGUUUAAAAAAACAGUAAAAUCGCGUUUUUUUAAAAAGAGAAAUAGAUUCGUAUCAUGACCCUUUGAAUGCACCUUUAAUAUUUCUUGUUGUUUACGCGUUUCCCCAUGACGUCACAUGAGAACGGGGGAAGUUUUGACCACGCCUUCUUAAAUUUUAGUUUUGCAUUUUCUUCCAUCAACAAAAACACCGUGCUUAAAACUAGUUAAGAAAAGCAAAAUUAAAUAAAUGAAUAAUUAUUUGAAGUUGAAGGCUCCUGAACUAGUUUAUGAAGUAUCCUUUGUUUCCUCUUGUUCGAGAAAAUAGUGUGAAUAAAUAAUUAUCAAAAAUAGAUGAUGUAUUAGCAAAAUAGAGAGCGAAAAUAAGAGGUUUAGACAUUUUUCGGUCUCUUUUGUGGGUUAGAUUGAUUAUUUUCAGCUAUUCUAAAUCACGAUCUUUAGGCUAUUUCCUCGGACAUUGUCGAAUUCUUCGACGUUUUCAAGGAGAAGGCCGUCUUUUCCAACACUUUUGUUCAAAGGAUCGUCCUUGCAGCAUGGACGGUAAGUAGAUUUUUCUACUUGUAUAGUCAAUGUUUCCCGACUUGAAAGGCGAGGGAGGCGAGCCGAGGGGCGGGACGCGUAGCGUGUGCGUACGCGGUUCUUGGCACUUGUUCAAUUCAACCGCCAGCGAGCAUUCAGAGAGCUUAUUUAUCGUUCUUUUAACUCCUUUUUUAAUUAUUUAUUGAUUAUGUUCAAGUGUGCAUCAAAAAAUAACAGAAAACACACAAAAAGAGCGGUUGCCGAGCUUUUUAAUUUGUCGGCGGCGAUUGAAUUGAACUGGCACCAAGAACCGCGUACGCACACGCUACGCGUCCCGCCCCUUGCCCCGCCUCCCUCGCCUUCCAAGUCGGGAAACAUUGACUAUACAGAAGUUUUGUUAUAGUCGAUCCAUCGCGACUUGAAAGGCGAUGGAGGCGGAGAAAAGUGCGGGACGCGAAGUGGGCGCGUACGCGGUUCUUGGCACGAGCUCAACUUGAAAAAAAAAUCAAUAAAGCUUUAAAAAAAAUGAAAAGAGCGAUAAACGAGCUCUCCGAAAGUCGCUGGCGGUUGAGUUGGACUCGUGCCAAGAACCGCGAACGCACACGCUACGCGUCCCACUCGCUUCUCCGCCUCCUUCGCCUUAAAUUUCGGGAGAAUUAACUAUAAAAUGGCUUGAUUUUUCGAAAAAGUCUUUUUUCAGCUAAGCCUACUCCAAUUUCCAUUCGUACUAACCGUCAGCCGAGCCAGAAAAAUGCGGGUCGCUAUAACAAACGACUACGAACAAUUCCUGACCCCUAGAAGGCCAACUAGCAUUUUCAAGGUGAAAAUAAGCCAUAACUUUUUAAUUGUGUCGUUCAGGCCGUUUAUGACGUGGAUAUUUGGGCGAUCGUCCUAGCCAACAUGCUGCAGGACAUUCCUUUCCUUUUGGUUUGAGGAAAAUUUUCAAAAGAGAAAAGAAAAGUGAAAUUUCAGGUCCGUCUCUACUUGAUGGCUUAUCACAGCUUGGUCACCUACACCAUGAUUUUCUUCUUUUUCAAAAAUAUGCUCAUCAUUUUGUUGCAGACUUAUAGGUUAGUUUUGGAAAAACGUAGUUAGGAACGACAGAGUGGCCCCUAUAGGGACCCUUUGAAGAUUCCGAUAUAGGGAACACCUCACUUAUAGGGGGCGCCAAAGCUUGCAAAAGUGGCCACUCUAGGAAUUUUAGUAAGUCGUUAUUUCAAAGAGCAUACUAGCAUGCUAUACUUCUUUUCAUCUUUCAAAUCAUAUCAAAAAUUUAAAGGUUACUUUAGGGACCGCUCAAGGGGCUUAUAGAACCGAUCGUAUGCCCCUACAGAGACCACUCAAAUUUUAACUCUCUUGAAAGCCCUUUUUUGUCCUCUAGGGGCUGUUUUAUCUCCUAACCCCUAUAGGGACCGCUCUGGCGUACCUAAAUGUAGAAAAUCUCCUAACCCCUAUAGGGACCGCUCUGGCGUACCUAAAUGUAGAAAAAUAAACUUUUCCAGAGCGAUUAUCAUUCUGAAUGAUCGGUAUAUCAAUCCGAAGCCGCCCGGCGUGGAAAUCGACAUGAUGGAACAAUUCGAACACGAAAAGGAGACGAGAAGAAAGAAGGAGAGAAACGCUCAGAAGGUUGGUUUUUCGAAAAAAAAAAGACAAGGAAAAAAAAUUCAAUUUUCAUUUUUUGGGCUUUGGUUAAGUUCCAAGAGAGUUUCAAGGGAAAUAAUGAUUUUUUUAGUGUUAUUUUUAGGUCAUGUGAUUUUUUUAAAACGUCAUAAUUCUUGAUGUGUACUUUUUAGGUAGGGACCACAGACCUAUUUUUUUCGAACUCAAGCUAGCUCCUCGUUUUUUUGUUAUAAAAAAAUAAUGAUUUUAACAUAUAGUAUGCGAAAACAGAAAAGAAAAACGAAAAAUAUUAAGAAUAAGAGGAGAAAAAAAUAUUUAAAAGUAAUAGAAAAGCAAAAAUUUUUGCACUGAAAUUUUGGUUUUGCGAAUUCUCAUGCAAUCUGCGCGCACCCUUAUUUGCAAGGUCGGCACGGUUUCAGGAGCCAAAAAGAGAAGGUUUUACGAGCUGUAAUUCCACUUUACCAUCAUUUUUCGUCUCAGUGACUGCACAAAUACAGCCUACAGUGCUCUUUUGAAUCCCAUAAAAAAAUGUAAUUUCGCCUACUUUUAUUCACCUUUUUUGUUGAGAAAAUUUUUUCGGCGAUCUUGAAUUUUCGAUAAAAGUUUUAGGAACUGGAAAAAGUUCAAAUAACACCUUUUUUUACUAUUAGAGCUCGUUUGGACCGUUUUUAAUUGAUAGAGAAAAACCGUUUUUUACCUUUUUUAUUAUUUUAUUAGAGAGCGUUAUCUAAACUUGAGUAUAAAUGUUUUCUUCUACCGGCGUUUUAAGCUUUAAAAAACCUAGGAACGAUAGAGUGGUCCCUAGAGGAGCAUCCUUAAGGGCAUCUGGUCGGUUUUUUCUAAGGUACCACCUUACUUUCUUCUAAAGGGAACACUACGGCUUACAAAAGUGACCUCUCGAGGGGAUCAUGCUAAUCUUUAACUUCUAUGAACUCCAUGAGAAGAAGCUUCCAUGUGAAAAAAAAAAUUAAUUGGCGUUUUUUGAAUAAAUUUUUUGAUUGUGAAUAAUUCCCUCAUUAUUUACUAAUUACGUCUUUUUAACUUUGAGUUUUAAGCAAAAAAAUAAAAGAUCCCUAUAGGGACCACUUUACGGGCUUUAGGGUCAGACCCCUAGUUUCUAUAGCGACUGCCUACUUUUGAGCCACUAGAGGGCCUUUUUUGUCAAAUUUCGAGGCUGUUUUCCCCCUACCCCUUUAGUGAUCACUAUGGCAUUAUUAAAAAGAAGAAAAUUGAGACUCAAGUAUACCUUUUGUAGAAAAAGAAGCCUCACUCUUCGAACAACAACAAUGGAAACAAGAAGAAGAAAAAAAAGCCGACUUCACGUCGGAGCAGCAGAGCGAGAUCCCUUUCCGACGAACGAGAACACCUUUUUCCGAGUCCCUACCAUCGACAUUCCAGAUCCCGAAUCCAACAUAUGGACACCCUGGAAGAGUGUAUCACGUAA